AAUUUAAGUGAAUCCAGGAAUCCCGUGCUAUCAGGUAGAGACAAAGACAGAAAGAGAGGAGCAGACAUGAGUUUGACGGACAAGGACAAGGCUGCAGUCAAGGCGCUGUGGACCAAGAUCUCCAAGGGAGCUGACGUCAUUGGAGCAGAUGCUCUGGGCAGGAUGCUCAUUGUUUAUCCCCAAACCAAGACCUACUUCUCCCACUGGCCUGACCUGAAAGCCGGCUCUGCCCCCGUGACGAAGCAUGGGAAGAAUAUCAUGGCUGGAGUCGCUCUGGCGGUGGCCAAGAUCGAUGAUCUGACCAGCGGCUUGCUGGACCUCAGCGAGCUUCACGCCUUCCAGCUGAGGGUGGACCCGGCCAACUUUAAGAUCCUGGCCCACUGCCUCCAGGUAGUCAUCGCCACCAUGUACCCCAAUGAAUUCACCCCAGAGGCCCACGUAGCCCUUGACAAAUUCCUCUCCAACCUGGCUCUGGCUCUCUCUGAGAAAUACCGCUGAGCUGGGCUGAAAGCCAUACAUACCUGAGGGUGAAUGCUAUGAAGCAAUAAAGAGCAUGUUGGCCAA